UUAUUUGUUAGUUGUUACUAUGAAGUACGAGCUCUACUCAUUAGACUCUGAAUCUGAACCUCGUUUUAGAACGCUUGAUAGUUUGAUCCAAAUAAAAACACUUGUGCAGUGAUUCAAAGAGUUGCAUGUGCAAAUCGAAUUGAGAGAGAAAUGGGAUUCGGAAUCCUCAGAAACCUCAUUCGCCCUCUCUCAAUCUCAUCAUCAACUGCCCUAACCUCUCGCAUAACAACCGCCGCCGCCACCACAACGACGCCGUUUCGUGGCCUCCUUUUCGCAUCUCCGAAGCAAGAUCCCUGCUUCUUCAAAACGCACCAAUGGAAUCUUCCCCUUUCGAACCAUCUCCAUAGCUUGACUGACACGCGCUUCCCCAAACGCCGUCCCGCUGAUAAAUCGCGCCGAAAGAGAGCCUCCUUGAAACCCCAAGGGCCUUAUGCUUGGGUUGAGCAUACUCCUGGCGAAACCAUUCUUCCGAAUAAGCCAAACGAAGGGAGUAUCAAGAGGAGGAACGAGAAGAAACGCAUGAGGCUGCGCCGUGCUUUUAUUUUGGCAGAAAGGAAGAAAAGGAUAGCUCAGAUGAAAGAAGCUAAACGGAGAAAAAAUAUGAAGAGGAUAGAGCGCAAAAUGGCAGCAGUUGCAAGAGAAAGAGAGUGGGCACAAAGGCUGGCAGAGCUGCAGAGACUCGAGGCAGAGAAGAAAAAAUCCAUGGCCUGACUUUUCUUUGAGAUCUCAUCUGAAAUGGGUGAAGACUGCUUUCCAUAUUAUAAUUGUGCUCUUCUUACCAAGAAAACUUCCCUCAGUCUCAGGCCAGGGCCAAAGUGGCCGGGACCAACCCAUGGAUCACUUUUCUGUUAGUUGUCAACAUACGUGGGAGCAAUCCGUUUGACGGGAGGAAUCGUUGAUGUCUUUAGGUAUUAAAUUUGUCAGAAAUAAAGUGUCUAAUCGAGAAUUCCUUGGAGAAUAAUUCGGAAUUUCAAUCUAUUUAUAAAGUUUUUGCUACAUAUAAAUAUUUUUCCAUUCUUGAAUUUGAAACACACUUGUGGUCACCUCAUAGACCAGAGAGUUUUUCUUA